UUGAAGACUUAAAGUGGCGCACGGGUGAGUUAAAGAUUAGAAGAGAGAGAAUGGAAGAAGAAGAGAAGAGGGAGAAGGAAUGCCCCUUCAACGCUUCCCUUUCAAUUUAAUGCUUCUUCUCUCUCUACUUUACCAAUUCUUCGUUUUCCAGUUUCCUGCAUAAUUCUUUUCUCUCUUUCUUCGUGAGAAAAUUAAGUCUCUAAAUUUUAUAGGUUUUGACUCGUACAUUGCAUAAUUUACAGUGUUUCUUGUCUUGUGUUCAUCUGGUCUGAACCUGGAACCCCAAGUUGUCAAAUUUUCAUAUGAGAAAGAGAAAAGGGGAGAGGCGGUUUCAUGAUUUAGUAUGAAAAAUGCUAUCAUCUUCUCUCGUGGUUUUCUGUGAUUUCUUUGCUUUAACAACAAAGCGGCAACACCACUCGCUCCACUCUCAAAGCUAUCAGGCUGGAAAGUCUGGAAGUUUCAGGAUGAUGGAGCCUCUAAAGCAUCCAUCUAAGAAGUCUCGAAGAGAUAAGAGCAGAGGAAAAUCAUCUGGAAGGUCCUCUAAGGCUGCAGUUAUGGAACAACAAAUUUGGAAAGAUUUUCCUGAAGAUUUAAUCGAGCCUGUGAUUGCACGGGUUCCCAUUGCCACAUUUUUCCGCUUCCGCUCUGUAUGCCAACGAUGGAAUUCUCUGCUGACUUCUCAAAGUUUUUCUCAGUAUUGUGCUGAAGUCCCACAAGCAAAUCCAUGGUUUUACACCAUAGCUCAUGAACAUGCAAAUUCUGGAGUCAUGUAUGACCCUUCUAUGAAGAAAUGGUACCAUCGCGCUAUAUCAACCCUGCCUACAAAGUUGAUAGUUUUACCGGUGGCUUCUGCAGGGGGUCUAGUUUGCUUUCUUGACAUUUAUCAUCAGAACUUCUAUGUUUGUAAUCCACUGACUCAAUCCUUCAAGGAGUUGCCGGCUCGAUCAGUUAAGGUCUGGUCUCGUGUUGCUGUAGGGAUGACAGUAAAUAGGAACUCAACUGGUGUGGGCUACAAGAUCCUAUGGGUGGGUUGUGAUGGAGAAUAUGAAAUUUAUGAUUCAGUAAGAAAAUCUUGGAGCUGUUCUGGAAACAUGCCUGCAGACAUUAAGCUGCCAUUCUCACUCAAUUUUAGGUCACAGGCUGUUUCAAUUGACAGCACACUUUACUUCAUGCAUUCAGAUCCAGAAGGGAUUAUUUCCUAUGAUAUGACAACUGAGGUUUGGACACAGUACCUAAUCCCGGUGCCAUUGCAUUUGACUGACCAGACACUGGCUGAGUGUGAUGGUCGAAUCAUGCUUGUGGGGCUGCUCACAAAGAAUGCUGCCACAUGUGUGUGUAUAUGGGAGCUGCAGAAGAUGACGUUCUUGUGGAAGGAGGUUGACAGAAUGCCAAACGUAUGGUGCUUAGACUUAUAUGGGAAGCACGUUAGAAUGACUUGCUUGGGAAACAAAGGCUUGCUUAUGUUGUCUUUAAGAUCUAGACAAAUGAAUCGACUGGUUACUUACAACAUGGCCAGUAGGGAAUGGCUGAAGGUUCCUGGGUGUGUGCUGCCGCAUGGAAGGAAAAGGCAAUGGAUAGUAUAUGGUACUGCAUUUUAUCCAUGCCUCACUGCAAUGCCUUGAUUUAGCUUGUAUAAUACAGCGAUGGCCUGAGAAUAUUUCCCUUGUAUCAUUAGUUUCUUGCAAUUUGCUGGCCGUUGAUGCUGAUUGCUGAUGCAGGAAAGAUGAUGUUCAUCACUGGUUUAACGAAUAUGAUACGAAUGUGUAAUACUUCAUGUUUCUUCAUGCUCUCAGGCAUGUACCUCAAUCUUUCAAGACUUUUUUCUGUGUAUAUGAAGAAUGACAAUACAAACGGCUUUCAUUUAUCAGGUUUCAACUCAAGGCAAAUACUUAGAAGAUUGUGAAGGUUUAGUUCCUGUUUGAUUUUUCUAAGUGGGAAGAUCCAAUGGGCGCUUGAAUUACCAACAAGAAUUUAGAUAUCUGUGGAAAUUCAUACAAAAUUUAAACCUCACAAACUGGGGAGAGGCAUAUCCAGAGCCUUAAAUAUUGUGGCCUCUCUUUCGGAGCAAUAGGAACUAUAAAUAUGGGUUGUUCUGGUGCCACUUGCCCGUCUCAUGCAGAACCCUUGCUCUUGUAAUCUUACAUUACAUCACAUAACUUCAUGUUCUUACAAAUUUGCUGACUCAAGAAAUGCAUGAUCUUGGUUCCAUGCAUGUGCUGUGACUGCUGUCUGGAAAGUGAAAAAUGUGGCUUUUCUUGAUCUGUUCCCAGCUUGUCACACGGGGAAGAAGCUGGGAUUCCAAUUUUGAUGCUUCUUCCAUUAUUCAUCAAUGUUGUACUAAGGUCAUUUUUAUGUUUCAGUUUAGAUAAUUGUCUCUGCCACUACGAUCUCAUAAUAUAGAUAGCUUCUUUUGCGUCUGAUCACAGAAUAGAGAUUUUUUAAAAAAGUAGCUUAUUUCUCU